GAGAAACACCAGUUAAGUUAGUACGAUGACGACGAAAGAAGAUAAAUCCUAAACUCGUGGUCGUGAUUUUUUUCCCUUCCAACCUUAAAAAUAUGUCUGAAAUUUUAAAAUUUUCAGAUUUUGGUUUUGUGUUGAGAACAACUCCAAAGAGACGAGAAGCAGCGAAUCGUACGAGCAGAGAGAUAUAUGUUUCAUUACGUCGAUGAUGGAUUCUGCUUUAUAUCAUCCUCGAAUCUUUUUCGCUCACAGCUUCAUCAAUGGCUUGUAUAGUUCUCCUAGGUUUGCUAAUACUUGCUGGAGAUUGGUUAGUCGUUCAAGUUGGGAGAUCAAGGCUAGUGAGAAUAGUGAUCGCAAUGUGUUCGAUGAAAAUCCUGUUAGGAAAACCGACGGGUCGUUGUUUGAUUCUGCUUCGUUUGAGACAGUUGACGCGGAAAUCACGCCUGAGACUGAUGAUUUCUUCGUGAGUGACGCAGAGGGUGAUCCAGAUUGUCCUACUCAAGGUUAUUCCUCUAUUGAACUUGCUCUUCAAGCUCUACGCAAAGGAAAGUUUGUGAUCGUUGUUGACGAUGAAACCGGAGAUGUUGAAGGGAAUCUGAUCAUGGCUGCAACUCUUACGAGUCCAAAAGACAUAGCUUUUCUGAUUAAGAAUGGUUCAGGUAUUGUCUCAGUUGGUAUGAAGAAAGAAAACCUUGAAAGAUUAAGCCUUACACUUAUGUCACCUGAAAUGGAAGACGAAGAUUCCUCUGCUCCAACUUUCACCAUCACUGUGGAUGCAAAAUCUGGAACAUCAACUGGAGUAUCAGCUUCAGACAGGGCGAUGACGGUUCUUGCACUUUCGUCUCUCGAUGCUAAACCAGAUGAUUUCAGGAGGCCUGGUCAUGUAUUCCCUCUCAAGUACAGAGAUGGUGGAGUUUUAAGGAGAGCUGGUCACACCGAAGCUUCAGUGGAUCUAAUGAUAUUGGCUGGUUUACGUCCCCUCUCUGUUCUUUCAGCUAUUCUUGAUCAAGAAGAUGGGUCUAUGGCUUCACUGCCGUAUAUGAAAAAGCUUGCUACGGAACAUGAUAUCCCCAUUGUAUCGUUGACUGAUUUAAUCAGAUAUCGAAGAAAGCGAGAUAAGCUUGUUGAGAGAAUCACAGUGUCUCGUUUGCCUACCAAAUGGGGUCUUUUCCAAGCUUAUUGUUAUCGAUCUAAACUCGAUGGAACCGAAAAUAUCGCCCUCGUUAAGGGAAACGUUGGAAAUGGUGAGGACAUUCUGGUGCGAGUGCAUUCAGAGUGCUUGACAGGAGACAUUUUUGGCUCAGCACGGUGUGACUGUGGAAACCAAUUGGACUUAGCCAUGGAGUUAAUCGAGAAAGAGGGAAGAGGAGUUGUUGUGUAUCUCCGUGGCCACGAAGGAAGAGGCAUUGGCCUUGGUCACAAGCUUAGAGCUUAUAACUUGCAGGACGAAGGACACGACACUGUUCAGGCCAAUGUUGAACUUGGCCUAUCCAUUGAUUCUCGUGAAUACGGUAUCGGUGCUCAGGUUAGCCAUAUUAUAUCGGUUUGAUUUGGCUACAUUAAGGACUAACUCAUAGCCAUUGAUAUGAUUGCUUUCUCUCAAUUUUAUUGGUUUUGGAAUGGCCCAAUGUAGAUGCUACGAGACAUAGGAGUGAGAACAAUGAGACUAAUGACGAAUAACCCUGCCAAAUUCACUGGUCUGAAAGGGUACGGACUCGCUGUAGUUGGCCGUGUGCCGGUGGUGACACCAAUCACCAAGGAGAACAGAAGAUAUAUGGAGACCAAACGCAAGAAGAUGGGUCACAUUUAUAUCUCUGAUAACAACGAUCAGCCAUUAGCUUGACCCAAAAGCUUUUGAUAGAAACACACACUUUUGAAUUUUGUAUUUAUAAAUUGAUUCAUUCUUAUGUAAUCAUCAACCACAAUUACUUUUUUUCUGGAAGAUUUGACAUAAAAUCGAAUUAUAGUUUUAUAUAGAAGGGAC